CAAGGGAAGGAAAUGCCGUAAUGCUCAGCACUGGUCACUUGUACCGCCCCCACCUUUCCUCUGAACACUUCUGAGCAGAGAAAUCACUCCUACUCCAACCAGGAGUUUUCCCACCCCCCCGGGUAGCCUCUGCUGUGAAGAGCUUAUACUUGGAACAAAAGAAGGAAGACCAAGGACAAUACAACAAAAGAGAUGGCAAGAAAGAAGUUGAAAUAUUUCACGAGUUUGGAGCUUAUGCUCAGUGUUCUUCUGCUUGUGGUGUUUAUCAUCACUAUUCCUCUGUUCGUGCUUUCAGCCAUGGAUUCUUCAGAAUCUAAAGAUCCUGGGACAACGAGUACCACCCCGGGUUCUGCUGAGUGCCCAGUGGUCAAUGAAGUGGAACGGAUAAACUGCAUCCCUGACCAGCCACCAACAAAGGCCACAUGUGAUCAGCGUGGGUGCUGCUGGAGACCGCAGGGGACCAUAAGUGUGCCCUGGUGCUACUAUUCUAAAAGCCAUGGUUAUCAAAUGGAGGGUGACCUUGUAAAAACAAAUGCAGGAUUCACAGCCCAGUUGAACAGGUUGCCUUCUCCAUCUCUGUUUGGAAAUGAUGUCAACAAUGUCCUUCUCACAGCAGAAUACCAGACAGCCAACCGUUUCCACUUUAAGUUGACCGACCAAAGCAAGGGCAGGUACGAAGUGCCCCAUGAACAUGUGCAACCCUUCAAAGGAAAUGCUGCUUCUCCUUUGACCUAUGAGGUUGUUGUCUCCAAACAGCCAUUCAGCAUCAAAGUGAUCAGAAGAAGCAAUAAUCGUGUCCUGUUGGACUCAAGCAUCGGACCCCUCCUGUUUGCCGAUCAGUUCCUGCAGUUCUCCGCCCGACUGCCCAGUCCUAACGUGUAUGGUCUGGGAGAACAGGUGCACCGACAGUACCGGCAUGACAUGAAUUGGAAGACCUGGUCCAUGUUUGCCAGAGACACAAUCCCCAAUGGGGAUGGAACUAACUUGUAUGGUACACAGACAUUCUUCCUGUGUCUUGAAGAUGCCAGCGGAUUGUCCUUUGGACUGUUUCUGAUGAAUAGCAAUGCCAUGGAGGUUGCCCUCCAGCCCGCCCCAGCUGUCACUUACCGCACCAUCGGAGGCAUCCUCGACUUCUAUGUGUUUUUGGGAAAUACUCCAGAGCAAGUUGUUCAAGAAUAUCUAGAGCUCAUUGGACGGCCAGCCCUUCCCUCAUACUGGGCACUUGGAUUUCAUCUCAGUCGGUAUGAUUAUGGAACCCUACAGAACAUGAGAGAAGUCGUGGAAAGAAACCGUGCCGCACAGCUCCCUUAUGAUGUUCAGCAUGCUGAUAUUGAUUAUAUGGACGAGAGGAAGGACUUCACUUAUGACCCAGUAAAUUUUAAAGGCUUCCCUGAGUUUGUUAAGGAGUUACACAAUAACGGACAGAAAUUGGUCAUCAUUGUGGAUCCAGCCAUCUCCAACAACUCUUCCCCAAGCAACCCCUAUGGCCCGUAUGACAGGGGUUCAGAUGCGAAGAUAUGGGUGAAUGUUUCAGAUGGGGUGACUCCGCUCAUUGGGGAGGUCUGGCCUGGAAAAACUGUGUUUCCUGAUUAUACCAACCCCAACUGUGCUGUUUGGUGGGCAAAGGAAUUUGAGCUUUUCUACAAGCAAGUGGAGUUUGACGGAAUCUGGAUUGACAUGAAUGAAGUUUCCAACUUCGUUGAUGGUUCUGUUUCAGGAUGUUCCACGAGCAACCUAAAUUACCCCCCAUUCACUCCCAGAAUCCUGGAUGGGUACCUGUUCUGCAGGAGCCUCUGCAUGGAUGCAGUGCAGCACUGGGGCAAGCAGUACGAUGUCCACAAUCUGUAUGGCUACUCCAUGGCGAUUGCCACCACACAAGCUGUCAAGACUGUGUUCCCUAAUAAGAGAAGCUUCAUUAUAACCCGUUCGACCUUUGCGGGAUCUGGCAAGUUUGCAGCCCAUUGGUUAGGAGACAACGCAGCCACCUGGAAUGAUCUCCGGUGGUCUAUCCCUGGCAUGCUCGAGUUCAACCUUUUUGGUAUCCCAAUGGUUGGUGCUGACAUAUGUGGCUUUGCAUUGGAUGCCCCUGAGGAGCUCUGCAGGCGGUGGAUGCAGCUGGGAGCGUUUUAUCCAUUUUCCAGGAAUCACAAUGGCCAAGGCUACAAGGCCCAGGAUCCUGCCUCCUUUGGAGCUACCUCCCUGCUGCUGAAUUCCUCCAGGCACUACCUUACCAUCCGCUACACCCUGUUACCCUACCUCUAUACCCUCUUCUAUUGGGCCCACAGCCGCGGGGACACGGUGGCCAGGCCCCUUCUGCAUGAGUUCUACAGGGACAGCAACACGUGGGAUGUACACCAACAGUUUUUAUGGGGACCUGGCCUCCUUAUCACUCCAGUUCUGGAAGAGGGUGCAGAGAAAGUGAUGGCUUAUAUGCCCGAUGCCAUCUGGUAUGAUUACGAGACUGGGGCCCGAAUGAGAUGGAGGAAGCAAAGAGUGGAGAUGGAACUUCCUGGAGACAAAAUCGGACUCCACCUUCGCGGAGGCCAUGUAUUCCCCACACAACAGCCCGCCACCACCACUGUGGUCAGUCGACGGAACCCUCUUGGUCUCAUCAUCGCCCUAGAUGAGAACAAAGAAGCCAAAGGCGAACUUUUCUGGGAUGAUGGGGAAACUAAAGAUACUGUGGCCAGUAAAAUCUAUCUCUUAUGUGAGUUUUCUGUCACCCAAAACCGCUUGGAUGUGAAGAUUUUGCAGUCAACCUACAAAGACCCCAAUAAUUUAGUAUUUAAAGAGAUUAAAAUUCUUGGGAUCCAGGAGCCUAACAAUGUUAUAGUGAAACACAAUGGUGUCCCAAGUCAGAUUUCUCCUAAUGUCACUUACGAUUCUAACCUACAGGUCGCCCUUAUCACGGAAAUUGAUCUUGUCCUGGGAGAAGCAUACACAGUGGAGUGGGGCCUGAAGAUAAGGGAUGCAGAAAAAAUAGACUGUUAUCCCGAUGAGAGUGGUGCUUCUGCAGAAAACUGUACUGCCCGUGGCUGUGCCUGGGAGGCACCUAGUUCUCCUGGGGUCCCAUUUUGUUAUUUUGUCAAUGACCUGUACUCUGUCGGCGACAUUCAGUACAACUCACGUGGUGCCACUGCUACCGUCUCAUUAAAGUCUUCUUUAUAUGCCUCCGCUCUGCCCUCGGUACCCGUGACCUCCCUCCGUGUGCAAGUGACCUACCAUAAGAACGACAUGGUGCAGUUUAAGAUUUAUGAUCCUAACAACAAUCGGUAUGAAGUCCCGGUGCCUCUCAACAUACCCAGGGUUCCAUCCAGCACCACAGAGGGUCAGCUAUAUGAUGUCCUCAUCAAGAAGAAUCCGUUUGGGAUUGAAAUUCGCCGGAAGAGUACGGGCUCCGUAAUUUGGGACUCUCAGCUCCUUGGCUUUACCUUCAAUGACAUGUUCAUCCGCAUCUCCACUCGCCUUCCCUCCCAAUACGUCUAUGGCUUUGGGGAAACUGAGCACACAGCCUUUCGGAGAGACUUGAACUGGCACACGUGGGGGAUGUUCUCCCGAGACCAACCCCCGGGGUACAAGAAGAAUUCCUAUGGCGUCCACCCCUACUACAUGGCACUGGAGCAGGAUGGCAGUGCCCAUGGGGUGCUCCUGCUAAACAGCAACGCCAUGGAUGUGACAUUCCAGCCCCUGCCUGCCUUGACGUACCGCACCAUAGGGGGAAUUCUGGACUUUUAUGUGUUCUUGGGGCCAACUCCCGAGCUUGUCACUCAGCAGUAUACUGAGUUGAUCGGUCGGCCAGUGAUGGUUCCUUACUGGGCCUUGGGAUUUCAGCUGUGUCGCUAUGGAUACCAGAAUGACUCUGAGAUUGCCAGCUUGUAUGAUGAGAUGGUGGCUGCCCAGAUUCCUUAUGACGUUCAGUACUCAGACAUCGACUACAUGGAGCGGCAGCUGGACUUCACCCUCAGCCCCAAGUUUGCAGGAUUUCCAGCUCUGAUCACUCGCAUGAAGGCCGACGGGAUGCGGGUCAUCCUUAUUCUGGACCCAGCCAUUUCUGGGAAUGAGACACAGCCCUAUCCUGCAUUCACCCGGGGUGUGGAGGAUGAUGUCUUCAUCAAAGCUCCAAAUGGUGGCGGCAUUGUCUGGGGAAAGGUGUGGCCUGAUUUCCCUAAUGUCGUUGUAAACGGGUCUCUAGACUGGGAGAGUCAAGUGGAGCAAUACCGAGCUUAUGUGGCCUUCCCAGACUUUUUCCGUAAUUCAACUGCCACAUGGUGGAAGAGGGAGAUGCGAGAACUAUAUACCAAUCCACGGGAUCCAGAGAAGAGCUUGAAGUUUGAUGGCAUGUGGAUUGAUAUGAACGAGCCAGCGAGUUUUGUGAAUGGAGCAGUGCCCCCAGGCUGCAGGGAUGCCACUCUGAACCACCCUCCCUAUAUGCCACAUUUGGAGUCCAGGGACAUGGGCCUUAGCAGCAAGACCCUGUGCAUGGAGAGUCAGCAGAUCCUGCCAGACGGCUCACGGGUGCGACACUAUGACGUGCACAGCCUGUACGGAUGGGCCCAGACCAGACCCACCUACGAAGCUGUGCAGGAGGUGACGGGACAGAGAGGGAUUGUCAUCACCCGCUCCACAUUCCCCUCUUCUGGCCGCUGGGGAGGUCACUGGCUGGGAGACAACACAGCUGCCUGGGACCAGCUGAAGAAGUCUAUCAUUGGCAUGUUGGAGUUCAGCCUCUUUGGUAUAUCUUAUACAGGAGCAGAUAUUUGUGGAUUCUUUCAAGAUGCUGAGUAUGAGAUGUGUGCUCGCUGGAUGCAACUGGGGGCCUUUUACCCCUUCUCGAGGAACCACAACACCAUUGGGACCAGGAGGCAAGACCCUGUGUCCUGGGAUGCAACCUUUGUGAAUAUCUCCAGAAGUGUCCUGAAGACCAGAUAUACCCUGUUGCCAUAUCUCUACACCCUGAUGCACAUGGCCCACACGGAGGGCAGCACUGUCGUCCGGCCUCUUCUCCAUGAGUUCGUGUCAGACCGGGUGACCUGGGAUGUGGACCGUCAGUUUCUGCUGGGCCCAGCCUUCCUGGUCAGCCCUGUCCUGGAGGCUAAUGCCCGAAACGUCACUGCAUAUUUCCCCAGAGCCCGCUGGUAUGAUUACUACACGGGUGUGGACAUCAAAGCAAGGGGAGAAUGGAAGGCCUUGCUGGCCCCUCUUGACCACAUUAAUCUACACGUCCGUGGGGGCUUCAUCCUGCCCUGGCAAGAGCCUGCACAGAACACCCACUUAAGCCGUCAGAAAUUCAUUGGCUUCAAGGUUGCCUUGGAUGAUGAGGGGACUGCUAAAGGUUGGCUCUUCUGGGAUGAUGGGCAAAGCAUUGAUACCUAUGGAAAAGGACUCUAUUACCUGGCCAACUUUUCCGCCAGCCAAAAUACGAUGCAGAGUCAUGUAAUUUUCAACAAAUAUAUCACCGAUACAAACCCUUUGAAACUGGGCUACGUGGAGAUCUGGGGAGUGGGCAGCGUCUCCAUUUCCAGUGUCAGCAUCUCUGCGAGCGGCAUGGUGAUCAGACCCACCUUCACUUAUAACCCUGCAUCACAGGUGUUGAGCAUUGAUAUGACCAGCAUAGACAUCAGCCUCCAUAAGUUCGUUUCACUGACGUGGAGAAGCACUCUGAAUUUUUAGAGCAAGACACUGAUGAUGAACAGCUUUGAAACUACUUAUACUUCAUGCUCAUAAAAUUAUUGUGUGGUGUUAAUUGGCUCAUGCCCAGUACGGGUAAAGUAUUUUAUUAAUUUUGUUAUGUAUUUUGUCUGUGUCUUAGCUCUGUGGGAUAGGCCAUAGGGAAGUAUUGGAAAUCUGUGAGUUGUCUGACUGUCCCUGUGUGAUUAACAUGGUAAUGAUGGCUCAUCACACAAUAGCCCCUGAAGAGGCACUGGGUCCAUGGCAAAGUUGCACGUAUGUGUGUAUGUAUGUGUGUAAUCAGGGAAUGGGCCCCACUCUUGCUAAAUACACAAGAAAAAGCUUGCCAGGUCAGUUCCAGGCCCUAGGGUUGACUAAGGCCUCAAGAAAGUAUCAAGAAAGAACAUCCGCUUGUUGGUUAUAGGGAGAAGGGAGGAAUAGCAUGACAUAAGGGAAAGGAAAGGUCAGCAGGAAAGGUGAGAGGAAACAGAAGAUGGUGAUAAAAACAAUCCUCACAUGUAAGAAGAAAACGCAAAAAUCUCAGGAAUGGUUAGCCUCAUGGGGAGGAGCAAGGAAGGAGCCUACUCACGUGAAAGCGGGGAGAUGGGGUGGGGUGGGGGGACACUUAGCAUAUGGGAAGUGGGGUGAGGAUGAGAUUUAAGCAGGCAAAGCUGAGGGAGGGAGUUUGAACGUAAAAAAUGUAACUAAUUUUUGCAGUGGUGUGCUUUGAAAUGUGUAAAAUUAUUUCCUUGCUCUGUGCCUAACAUACAUAACCACAGUUCACACAAACGCAUGCAACUUAAAUGCCAGAGAAAAAUAAAACAAGCAAAUUUACAAGAAA